CAAAAAAUGCCCACUUAGCGGCUGCAAGGGCCGGGAACGUUUGACAUUGAACUUAUCGGUGCGCUGACACGCUGCCCGAGUCAGCGCCAAUGGGGCGGAUAUAAGCGGCGUUGUCAUUCGCAGCCUCACCGGCAGCUGCUUUCUCGCGCUCUGAGAUAUACCCAUCUGUUGUUCUACUGAUCUCUUCAAUCGUUUCUUUUGUGUGCAUGUUUCCGGGAAGGUGACGCUCGGCACCCAACAGUCUCCGCCGAACGUCGAGUGUAACUCGACGGCACAGCGUCCCUAAGGGCCGAUUCCGGCGGCCUUGAUUCCCGACGCCAGAAACCAGCACAAUGUCGACAACAGCUGGCGCCUUCAUAGCAGGCGGCAUCGCUGCCUGCGGCGCCGUGACGGCGACGCACCCCUUCGAGACGGUCAAGAUCCGCAUGCAGUUGCAGGGCGAGCUCCAGGACAAGGGCCACCAGCCGCACCACUACCGCGGGCCGCUCCACGGCGUCUCCGUCAUCGUCCGGAACGAAGGCCUGCGCGGCAUCUACCGCGGCAUUGGGUGCGCCUACAUCUACCAGGUGCUGCUCAACGGCUGCCGGUUGGGCUUCUACGAGCCAAUGCGCGACGCCCUGACCACCCUCAUAUUCAAGGACGGCAAGACGCAAAGCCUGGGCGUCAACAUGUUCUGCGGCGCAGCGUCGGGCGUCAUGGGCGCCGCCGCGGGGAGUCCCUUCUUCCUGGUCAAGACGCGCCUGCAGAGCUACUCACCCUUCCUGCCCGUCGGCACGCAGCACCGGUACCGCAACGCCUGGGAUGGGCUGACGCAGAUCUACCGCGGGGAAGGGGUGCGCGGUCUGUACCGCGGCGUGGGGGCGGCCAUGAUUCGGACCGGUUUUGGGAGUUCGGUGCAGCUACCGACGUACUUCUUUGCAAAGCGCCGGCUGCAGCGGCAUUUGGGUAUGGAGGAGGGCGCCCCUCUCCAUCUGGCCAGCAGUACAGCCAGCGGUUUCGUAGUCUGUGUCGUGAUGCAUCCGCCGGACACGAUAAUGUCCCGCAUGUACAACCAAAACGGCAACCUCUACGCGGGCGUCUUCGACUGCCUAGCGAAGACCAUCAAGACAGAGGGCUUUUUUGCCAUUUACAAGGGCUUCCUGCCUCAUCUGGCUCGGAUCCUGCCGCACACCAUCCUGACGCUGACCCUGGCGGAACAAACGAACAAACUGGUCAGGAAACUCGAAGGCCGGUUUCUGCCAAGUGCUGCGCUGAAGACGGUGUGACGGGUCUAGACAUGUUGCUUUGGCGUUAGGUAGAAAAGUGCAUCGGGGGCGCCUUCUUUUCGGGUUAUACCAGCGCUUAGGGCUGUAUAGAGCGAGCGAGGGUGGCUGCCCUAGAGUUUAAACUGCUUGGAGGGGACGGGCAUCUUUGAAGCUCGAGCUCAUCAAAAGACAAUUCCGCCAAUCGCGGAUGAUUGACAUUUCAUUCUAUCCGUUUC